AUGAAGCCAGUGGUUGGACCAUUUGCCGCAUGGUUUUGCACUAUUUUGUCGGCAUUCGCGGUAGUGAUUCUAUCUGCUUUGGCUCUGCUGUUCCGUUCAAAUCAUGAGGCGGUCAUGGGCAGCAUCAACGACCCUGAGGACGGCAAGGCGGUUUCCAACACCAUUUUUGGCGCAGUAAUUAUCUAUAUUUGCUUCUUUUUGUGCUGCGGAUCGCAAGCAUUCUUGGGCCAACGCAAUGGCGCGGUACAACUUAAUUAA